UUUUUAUUACUGUAAGUACAGAGCAUUAUCCUGCACACCAAGUGAUCAAUAUGAAGGCUUUUAUCGUGUUGGCUGUUUGCAUAGUUGCCGCUCAGGCACUAACUGAUGAACAAAAAGAGAAACUGAAAAAACACAAGUCAGAAUGCCUGGCGGAGACCAAGGUCGACGAGCAACUAGUCAACAAACUCAAAGCUGGCGAUUACAAGAGUGACAACGAAGCUCUGAAGAAAUAUGCCCUCUGUAUGUUGAUCAAAUCCGAACUGAUGACGAAGGAGGGUAAAUUCAAGAAAGACGUCGCCUUAGCUAAAGUCGCAAACCCUGCUGACAAGCCGCAAGUGGAGAAGUUGAUCGACACCUGCUUAGCCAACAAGGGGAACACACCCCACCAGACAGCGUGGAACUACGUCAAAUGCUACCACGAGAAGGACCCCAAGCACGCCAUCUUCCUAUAAACUGACUAUUGCAUUUUGAACUUUAAGGCUGAUUUUAACUUCGGUAAUUACAAUAGUGAGUUAACUUGCGGUCUUGGCUAGUCUUCUUGUCAUUGUUUUCACAUGUUUUUGCCAGUUGAGUACAUACUGCUUAACUUUCCGAUCCGAUUCCGAUCCGAUUCCGAUCCGAUUCCGAUCCGAUUCAGAUCCGAUUCCGAU